CUUUUUGCUGAUUUUGCAACCAUGUACAUGCAGUGUACAUGAGUAUAUAAACACUGGUGUCAGAGCUGUUCAUAACCUGCACACUGGAAGACUGAAGCUACUGGCUGACACUGAAAAGAGAGAAAGACCUUCUAUAAAAAGAGACACCAUGAAGCUGCUGGUUGUGUCUGCACUUCUUUGUGGAUUGAUGGUUCUGACCACUGCUGCUCCCAACAGUCACCUGGUCAAGAGGUCCACUGAUUGUCCUCCUGGUUGGACUCGCAUCAGUGAUCGCUGCUUUUACUACGUUCCAACAGUCAUGAGUUGGGCUAGAGCUGAGAGAAAUUGCUUGUCCAUGGGGGCAAACCUUGCAUCAGUGCACAGCUUAAGUGAGUACCAGACAAUUCAGAGUCUGACUGCCCAUUAUGGCUACCCCCGAACUUGGAUUGGAGGGACUGAUGCACCCCAGGAAGGUAUUUGGUUGUGGAGUGAUGGGACAAGUUUUCACUAUUCACACUGGUGCCCAGGAGAGCCCAAUAAUGUUUCUCACAAUCAGCAUUGUAUUCAGAUAAAUCAUGGAGAUUCCAAGUGCUGGGAUGAUUUGGGGUGUGAUCGUCAUCUGCCAUCUGUCUGCGCCAAGAAAGUCUAAUGUUUCUUGGACUUGCACUGAUGUAUGAAAUUCCCAUAAAACACACGCUGAUGUACGAUGGUGUUUGUGUUUCGCUAGCUCUUACUUUAUUUUGCAGCAUUAUAUUUUUUCUCUCUAUAGCACCCAAAGAAAAUGAACAAUCAACACAAGUUGGGCUGUCUUUAAGGCCUUGUGACUUUAGUGGGAGCAGACUUGUUACCAAAGGAUUGAUUUUAUAUUUUUCUUCUGCAGAGAAAACUGUUCUCUUCUUUCUUUAACAUUAAAGCAUCAAAACAACAUUAACGCAUUAAACAAGCAUAUCUCU